AUGGCUAUACCUGUCAUCAAUCAACAACCUUUGUGCAUUACCUAUCCAAACAUCGAUGCCAAUUUUGAACUCAAAUCAGGUUUGAUCCAUUUAUUGCCUACUUUUCGAGGAUUAUCAGGUGAGGACCCUCAUAAACACUUGAAAGAAUUUCAUGUGGUUUGUUCCACUAUGAAACCACAAGGGGUAAGUGAAGAGCAAAUUAAACUGCGUGCUUUCCCUUUCUCUUUAACUGAUAAGGCUAAGGAUUGGCUAUAUUAUUUACCAUCAGGUUCUAUCAAUAGUUGGGAUGAGCUUAAAAUACAAUUUUUAGAAAAUUUCUUUCCUACUUCUAGGGUCACCUCAAUUAGAAAAGAAAUAUGUGGGAUUAGGCAAUAUAGUGGGGAGACACUUUAUGAGUAUUGGGAGAGGUUUAAUCAGCUCUGUGCCAGUUGUCCCCAUCAUCAAAUUUCUGAUCAGCUAUUAAUUCAAUAUUUUUAUGAAGGUUUAUUGUUGUCUGACAGGAAUUUGAUCGAUACAGCAAGUGGUGGAGCUUUGGUUAAUAAAACUUUAACAGAAGCAAAGAGAUUGAUCUCAACAAUUGUCGCCAAUACUCAACAAUUUGGCAUUAGACAGGAUGCAAUGGUGAGAAGGGUUAAUGAGGUAAGCAAUAAUAAUCCUCUUAAGCAAAGACUUGAUAAACUCACCUCCUUGUUAGAAAAAUUUGUAGUGAAUCACCAACAAGUGAAGGCUUGCGGGAUCUGUUCGAACACAGAGCACUCUACAGAUGCAUGCCCUACACUUCAGAAGAACACACAUGAGGAUGUUAAUGUCGUAGGGGGUUAUCAGAACCAAAAGAGGUAUGAUCCAUACUCGAAUACCUAUAAUCCAGGAUGGAGAGAUCACCCGAAUUUCAAUUAUGGCCAAAAGAACAAUAACUUCCAACAGCCUGGAUACCAAAAUAGGUCGCCCCCUCCUCAAGCGUUUAAUCCAACACCCCUACCUCAGUCGAAAGGUAUGUCUCUUGAACAAAUUGUUACUGCGCUUGUUAAUAAUACACAACAAUUUCAACAGGAGACAAGGGCUAGCAUUCAGAAUCUAGAAAAUCAAGUCAGCCAAUUAGCUACUGUUGUGGGAAGAUUGGAAACUCAGAAUUUUGGUAGAUUGCCAUCUCAGAUUGUGGUGAAUCCAAAGCAAGAUGCAAAUUUUACUGAGAAUAUCAAUGCAAUCACCCUGCGGAGUGGUAAAGAAUUGAAGGAUCCUAAAAAGAAGAUUCCAAAAUAUGCAAGAGAAAAGGAGAUCGAAUGCGAAAUUGAGCCAAAAGAAGCCCAAAAAUUGUCACCUCCUGCAGAGAAGUACAUGCCACCUUUUGUGGUCACUCCACCUCCUUUCCCGAGCCAACUUGCAAAGAACAAAAAAGAACAACAAGAACAAGAGAUCCUUGAAGUGUUUCGCAAGGUUGAGGUAAAUAUUCCCCUUUUAGAUGCUAUUAAACAAGUUCCUAGAUAUGCUAAAUUCCUUAAGGAAUUAUGCACGUCAAAAAGAAAACUAAAAGGAGAUGAAAAAGUGCAUGUCAGUGAGAAUGUUUCAGCUGUUCUCCAAAGAAAAUUGCCUCAAAAGUGUAAGGAUCCAGGUAUGUUCACAAUCCCUUGCAAGAUUGGUAAUGUUAAAGUUCAGAAAGCUAUGAUAGAUCUAGGAGCAUCUAUUAAUGUCAUGCCUAGCUCAAUUUAUCAUUCUUUAAAUGUCGGACCUUUAAAACCCAUCGGUGUAAUAAUCCAAUUAGCUGAUAGGUCCAAUGCAUAUCCCGAAGGGGUGUUAGAAGAUGUUCUUGUUCAAGUUAAUGAAUUGAUUUUUCCUGCUGACUUUUAUGUUCUUGACAUGGAAGAUGAUAACUCAUCUAAAUCAGUCCCAAUUUUGCUAGGAAGACCUUUUCUUAAGACAUCUAGAACAAAAAUUGAUGUUUCGGAAGGUACUUUAACUAUGGAAUUUGAUGGUGAAGUAAUUAGAUUCAAUAUUUAUGAAGCCAUGAGAUUCCCUAGUGAUGUCAAUUCAGUUUUUGUUGUUGAUGUAAUCGAUUCCCUAGCUCAACAAAUUUUUGAGUUGUAG